CACGAGUGAGCCUCCCUCUUCAGGAACCAUACUGCUGAGUGGACUGCAGCCUGCACAGAAACAUGCCUGUGGAAUCUUCAGACACAUUCUAUGUUCUCCUGCUUAUUAUCUCAUCGACAGUGGCCCAGGACUGUUCCCAGCCCUGUUCCUGCUCUGCAGCCCCCCCGCCCUGCGCGCUGGGCAGCAGCCUGGUGCUGGACGGCUGUGGCUGCUGUAAGGUGUGUGCCCGGCAGCUGGGGGACCCCUGCUCCCUGCUGGAGCCAUGCGACCACCACAAGCAGCUCUACUGCGACUACAGCCUGCUCAGCGACUCUGACACCGGCAUCUGCAUGGCUCAGGAGGGUCAGACAUGUGACCUGGGGGGGGUGGUGUACCGCAGCGGGGAGUCCUUCGAGCCCAGCUGUAAACAUCGCUGUGUGUGUAUGAACGGAGAGAUCGGCUGUGUGCCGCUGUGUGCCAGUGACUUCCUGCUGCCCUCCCCUGACUGCCCGUACCCACAGCGCAUACACAUCCCCGGGAGGUGCUGUGAGGAGUGGGUGUGUGCGCAGACGCCGCCGGACCAACACUACCAGUCAGUGCUGGCCGGAGCCUCUCAGAUUCUCCCCUUACCCUCUUCAGAUCCACUCUUCAGGCAGGUGUUUCCCAAUGGACCGCAGGCAGAGAGUCCAAGAGAUAACUGCAUAGUCCAGACUACAGAGUGGAGUGAGUGCUCGGCCACCUGCGACAUGGGCGUCUCAUCCCGCAUAACCAACGACAACCAGCGGUGCCAGCUGGAGAGGCAGAGCAGGAUGUGCAUGGUCCGGCCCUGCAACACCCAGCAGGGAAAAGAAAUCAAGAAGGGGAAGAAAUGCAUCCGGACACCAAAGGCCCAGCAUGGGUUUCGCUUCAAGCUGUCGGGCUGCUCCAGCACCAGGGUGUACAAACAAAAGUUCUGUGGUGUCUGCACAGACAAUCGCUGCUGCACGCCACACACCACCAUCACAGCCGAGGUGGAGUUCGAGUGUACAGAGGGAGAAACGUUCACCAAAAAGAUGAUGUUUAUUAAGACCUGCUCCUGCCAUCAUGAAUGUCCGCAAGAUAACGACAUCUUCCUGGCGUCCAACAUUCGGAGGAUGAUUGGCGACUAUGAUAACGAUAUGUGAUUACGCACACACUCAUUCAGACAUAUAGGUCAGAACUGCACCAUUAUAACACCCAACUGGACCUUACAACUAUACCUAUGCCAAACCUUCUGUGUAAUCCAGCCUUAAGGUAAUGGGUCAGUAAAAAAGAUAACAUUUUCUUCUUUCACCUUUGUUUAGUUGAAGUGCAGCUCUUAGGUCGCAAGACUUUAUGAACUGCCUUACAUUAAAGGUACGUAAUUUCAGAGGACAGAUGCACUGACAAAAAAAUGUAAGGACAGAUUUCAGAUGCUACAAAUUUGCUUUUUCUCUGCAUCAAUACAUAUAGUAAUCAUCAUAGAGCAGUGGAUGGUGAUGUAUCAAGCGUUUGCGUUGGUACUCCAGAAUCAAAGAAAAGCUCAGGACAAAUAUAAAUGUUUGCUACAAAAUCCUCUAGUCUCAAAGCUCCACCUUCUAGUUUCACAUGAAACAUUGUUGUAUUUUGGCAAAAUCCUUCCACAUCUGUUCAAAAAUGCAAUUUGCAAGGGGUUGUGGACAGUUGGACAAACAUGAUCUGAUGCGAGAGAACAUCUUUGAACAGAGACUGGGGUUUACUAUUUCCGAACAUCACAACCAGCUGUUAUCAUGUGACCUCAGUUUCACACCUAGAUCGCUGAGCUCGUUAGGUAAAUUGACCUUUUAGCUGACAUUAUUCUGCCGUUUCAAUAUAUCAAAAUGAAUUGACAUUCCUAAAGAUAAAUGUGAUUUUGUUACUAAGAACAGACCAGGAUAAUGCAGCCGUGUUGUUUGGCAUUCUACUGCAUAGUAUAAUGUGCAGACAUGUCUGCAGGAAUAGAUAUUUAAAUAUGAAACGAGAGCCAAGAGCUUGAUUUUCUUGAUUGUGUCUGUAAACUUGAGAUAAUGCCUUUAAAAGUAUUUUAAAAGUUGUUCACCAUUUUAACAGAUUUUAAAUGCCUGGACAGUUUUGACAACACAGUAUGACCAUUGUUUGUUAUCUCGAGAUAAUUACGUCCGAUAAAAGAAGGGUUACUGUGGUCUUAAAAGAUGAAUAUAUAGACUCCAACAGCACUAUCUGAGAUAACAAGAUUUUACAUUGACUGUUGCACUCAAGGUGCAGCUGCAGGAAUGUAGCUACACACCUGUGCGACAUGUUCACCUGAAAUAUAUAUAUACUGAAAGUAUGACAAUACACACAUUGUUGGGAUGUGUUUAAGGUCCAAUUGAAAUCAAAUGUAAUCCAUAUACUUUAAAGAGGCCCUAUUGUGCUUUUUGGGGUAUUCCCUCUCCUGUAGUGUGUUAUAUAUGUUUUUUGUGCAUGUAAAUGAUGUGUAAAAGUGUUCCCUCCAUAGGGAGUUUCUUUCCCACACACUCCCCCCCCCCCCCCCCCUUGUCUUGUUUUGGUUUCAGAUUUGUUUUAGGUAGAGAACACAGGACUAAUGAUUUGCAGACAAGUUACUGUAUGUAUUCUGUAACACACAAGAAAUAAGCCAUUUGAUUUCAGUUGGACUUUGAUAUGAUAUCCUGCACUGACUGCUGAACAAUCUAGUUCAGUGUUGAAAUCACAUUUGACAUUAUUUACAAUUACAUUAUUUACAUUAUUUAAAACAUUACACUUCUUUCUGACAGCAUGGUAAAGAUAAAUAGCAUGACUAUAGAAUUUCUGUUACUAAAAUGUUCUGUAUAUUUAUAAAGUGGAUGGACAAAGACUGUGUACAGUUUUGUACUAUAAUUUAUGCAACUUGUUUAUCACAGUGUUAUAAUUCUGUAACUGUGUCAUAUUUUUGUGUUCUUUUCACUGAAACCCCUAAAAUAACAUACAAGUGAGUUUUUUUCUGUUGCACUUUUGGAUCUGUUCCAAUAAUAAAGUAUAUUUUUAUACA